GCGACCGGAGACGGUGGACGAAACAGAAAGCAGAUCUAAAAAAGAGGCGAGAAAUUAGGACGCACAGAGAGGAUGUCAGCGCCAGAGGAAGGUUUGAAAGUCAGGAAAAGCGUCGGACUUUAGGUGUGCGCCUCCUUUAGAGGAGUUAGAGAGGAGAGGGAAGCGGUAAGUGAGGAGAAACCCUCCAAAACACCUGCGGAGGAAUCCAGGAGAUCCAUCAUCACAGACCUCAUGCUGCUUUAACUUUAGCAAUACUUUAACCAAUCAGAUCACUUUUUUGAACAGCUUUUUUUUUUUGUUCUAGAAGCUGCAGCAUUCACUUUAUAGAUUUAAACUUACUUUUGAUCAAUGCCUAUUUUAUACAAAACAAUCUAAACCCCCCAGAUUUGUGCAUUGUAGGUUUGUUCUUUUUAGUCCAUCAGCACCAGCAGUCCAUGAUUUAGUAUGGACCAAGAUCCUACCCUCCUUCAGUUGCUGUCACACACCUUGAACUGGGCUGUCACCCUGAGCCUCUGAGCUCCAACCCUCCCCAAUGAAGCAGUCGUGGUGGGCCAGCCUGGCACCGCUUGGCCUGCUCGCUGCUUGUACCUGGUUAGGCGUGGUCCAGGGAUGUGGACCGGGUCCUGGGUACGGCACGCGUUCCAGGCCCAGGAAGCUCACACCGAUGCGUUACAAGCAGUUCUUCCCAAACUUCUCAGAGAACACCCUUGGGGCCAGUGGCAGGGCUGAGGGCAAGAUCUCACGCAACUCGGAGCGCUUCAAUCAGCUGGUGUGCAACUACAACCCAGACAUUAUCUUCAAGGAUGAGGAGAACACCAGCGCAGACCGGGUCAUGACCAAGAGAUGUAAGGACUGUUUGAACAGGCUUGCAAUUGCUGUGAUGAACCAGUGGCCAGGGGUGCACCUGCGUGUGACAGAAGCCUGGGAUGAAGACGGCCACCACCCUCCAGGCUCUCUGCACUACGAAGGCCGGGCUGUGGAUAUAACUACGGAUGACAGAGAAACAAAGAAGUACGGCAUCCUGGCUCAGCUGGCUGUAGAGGCCGGCUUUGACUGGGUCCAUUAUGAGUCCAGAUAUCACAUCCACUGUUCAGUAAAAGCAGAUAAAUCUGAAGCAGUGGAAAGGGGUGGCUGUUUCCCAGGCUGGGCCCGGGUGACCGUUGCUGGAGGGAAGCAGAAGACUCUGUCAUCAUUGGCCCCUGGCGACAGGGUCCUGGCUCUGUCUGGGACAGGCCAAGUCAUUUAUAGCCAAGUACUCCUGUUUCUGCACCGGGAUCAGGAAAAACAGUCUCUCUUUCUGUCUCUGGAGACAGCUGGUGGACACCGACUGGUCCUGACUACACAUCAUUUAAUGUUUUUAGACCCUGACUGCGGACACAGGGAGCAUCAGGCUCAGUUUGCCAGCAGGGCCAAAGUUGGGGACUGUGUCCUCAUCAGCACGGCAGGAGGCCAAACUGAAAAAUCUCGGAUCGUGUCCAUUUCUCUCACUGAAAGCAUGGGUGUGUUUGCACCCUUGACUGAAGCUGGAACUUUAUUUGUUGACGGGGUGCUGGUUUCCAGCUACGCACUGCUGGAGGACCACAACCUUGCACACUGGGCAUUUGGACCUUUGCGACUUCUCCACUCACUGGACCAGUUAUUUUGGAGGAAAACUGCAAAAGAAGAGCAAUCAGCUUGCACUAAGACUGAAAAACAGUUUGGCACUUUGACUGCAUCGGACAAAGCAAGUAUAAACAAACAUGACAAUGGCAGUGAACCUCUCGCUGUGAAAGAUCAGGAGCAGUGCUUCUUGGAGAUAUCAGAUGUACACUGGUAUGCUAGAUUACUCUACAAAUUUGCAUGCAUCUUUUUAGACUCCAACGUUUUCCAACAUUAAAGGUUAAAACUUACAUAGACCACAGGUCAUACCUCAAUUAAACCUGCCAUUAUUUCAAAUAAGAAAAAAAAGUAAGCCACUGGUAAAGCUAAUUGGCUUUUUCCACUACUGUUUGUAUCCUAAUGUACUGUCAAUGCCUAACAUAAGCGCUCUGUUAAAUAUGUUGAAUAAUACAAUUAUUGAUUACAAAGGAUCAAUGCCAUAUAUUACUGUAUAUCAACCAGUAUUUGUGCAGCUGUUUUUUUUCCUUUUUCUACAAAAAGUGUAAAAAAUCUAAUGGGAUGGGAAUGAAUAUAAAACAGAAUCUUUAUUUUUAUACUUUAUGAAUCAUAAUAUAUAGAGUUUUCAAUUUAUUGUUGUAAUAAUUUCACAACUUUUAUUGUAAGCACUGACUUGGUAUCAUAUCAACAAACAAAUAAAAAUUUAAUUCUGGAAAGCAACAUUUGGGUUUUAAUUAACUGCUUUACCUGAUUCCUCUUUUACUUGUUAAGUGCAGAGCCCGUUAAGUUUCCGGAAGUUUAAGAAGUUAAUGAAAAGCCCAGAUACACUUAAUAUUCCCCCAGCUGUGUCCCUCUGUGGGUUUAGUGCCCUGAGGUUCCCCAAAAUAAUUUAGAAACGGGUUUAGUGUGUAUGAACUGGAACAGUCUGCAUCUAAAUAUGCAUCUGUUUUAUGAUGUUCAGUUUAACUUCUGUUUUUUUGAAUCUACGUACUAAUUUUGUUUGGCGGACAAACAUUGCAAAAUUCAUGUCACAGUAUGUUUCCAAAUGUAACAAAAAGUUGACUAAAACGAAACAAUUUUAAUGUACUUUAAUGUGGCAAAUCUCCAUAUUUUUUUAAGCAUAGGGGUUGAAUUUCCAGCUUCUAGGCCUUGUGAUUGGUUGGGUUUGAUGGACCGGCACAGAGAGCUGCACAACUACAAGAUGGAAGAAUGGUAAUCUGUAGUUUUCAGCCUGUUUUUACUUAUUUAUUUUUCAUGUUUUAUCAAUAUUUUAAUUGAGCAUGGCUAUACUGUAACUAUGAAUGUGGUUUUGCUUUUUGAUGUCUAUAGAAAAACAAUGCUGCAUCUUAACCAGGAAGUAAAUGCUCAACAUUUUAUAUACAAAAAAACCAAACGUGUGUGUGUUUAUAAUUACUUUGAGUAAGGAUGAUAGAUCAGGUAAACUAAUUGCAGCAUUCACUGCAGAAUUAAACUUUCAAAUAAUACAUUAACAAGUAGCACUUUUGGUCUUUGUGGUUGAGGGUAAUGAUUAGUAAAACCAGAGCUACAGCUUAAUUUAUUGAUAGUGCACUUUAAAAAAUGAAUUAUUCAUCCGUUCACUGUACUCACCAACUUGCAUUUGCAGUUUCCUAUCUAUAGUAGUCGUUAAGGAAAAGGCUGGUUCACAACCUGCACAGGUCUUCCACUGAGAAACUAAUUAACCAAGUGGUCAUAAAUCUGGAGUCCAGGAGGAGAGAACCUGCACACUGCAUGCAGAAGGGAUUCAACUAAAGACCACCUUUCUACAAGACAACUGCUCCACUGUGAAGUCCACCUUGAACUAUGGAAAAAUUACAUUUCAGUCAUAAUUGAUUCUGUUUAUUUGAAUGAUGAAUUAUAUAUUUUAUAUUUUCCCAUGAAUAGAGGAAAACAUUAUCAAAUGAUGGAAAUAAAAUAU